UGAAACGUUCUUAAACAGAGGCUGGUUAAAAGCUAGCGGUAGCUCCGAAUUCAGCAGAAAUCAUUGUGUAAAUUAAUAUCGACGUAAUUUCUUAUUUUUUAUUUGCAAUGAAUGUGUUAAUUUUUAUAUUAUUAGUUUUCGUACGUACUCAUUCGGCUCAUAAAGGUGACAGUGAUGACUGGGUACAUUUACCAAAUAAAUGUGAAGUGUGCAAGUUUGUGAGCAUUGAAAUGAAAUCAGCAUUAGAAGAAACGGGCAAAACGAAGGAAGUUAUUGAGACGAACUACCGUUUUCUAGACGAUAAAGGUGCACCCCCAAUCAAAUAUGUAAAAUCUGAUAUCCGUUUUAUAGAGGUAAUUGAGAGCGUAUGUUCAAGAAUUCUGCAGUACAAUCUUCACAAGGAGAGAGACGGAAGCAAUCGCUUUGCAAAGGGCAUGUCAGAGACGUUUACCACCUUGCAUAACCUGGUCCAUAAGGGAGUGAAGGUUGUCAUGGACAUUCCGUACGAGCUGUGGAAUGAGACAAGUGCAGAGGUGGCUGACCUCAAGAAGCAGUGCGAUGUAAUGAUCGAGCAGUAUGAAGAGGUCAUUGAAGACUGGUAUAAAGGCAGCCAGGAGGAGGACCUCACAACAUACCUGUGUGAGAAGCAUGUCCUGAAAGGACAAGAAAAAUCUUGCCUGAAAGAAUCUUGGGUUGGGAGGAAAGGAGACACUGCAGCCAUAGCAGAAGAUAAAAAGAAAAAGAAGAACAAAAAAAAGGCCAAAGAUGGUGAAGAUGGCCAAAAAAAGGAGAAGAAGGUUAAGAAGAAUAAGAAAAAGAGUAAGGUCCUUGAUGAACACGCAGACAAGCUGAAAAAUGGUGACGAACACACGUCAGAUGAGGAGAUUCAGAACAGUGUUCCUCUUCAGCAGGAGAAAACUGAACUAUGACCUGCCUAACACAGUUCCUUUUUUUUUUUUUUUUUUUUUUUGUCCUACCUCUUUCAAUAAAAAUUGUGAUUGGCAAUUGGUCAUAAAUUAUAUUUGAAACUGUGAAAUGCAGGAGAAUGUAUUUUUUCAAUCCAGUUAAGAUACUUUUAUGAAAUGUUACAAAACUAUAUAACGUUUCUGCAUUCUUAAGCAAUUUCUUCAGAUUAUAUUGACUUCAGUUAAAUGGGAAAUCCAUAAGGUGUGAAUGUUUUAUUUUUUACAUUUUUUUCUUUUUUUUGCUGUGACCGAUGAUCAUUUGUAAUUUCAUCUUACUUCAGACCAAUAUGUUACUGUAGUCACUCAAGAAUUGUAUCUCCUUUCUCCACAGACCGAUAUUACAAGUUUAUAAUAUAUCUCAAAUGGUAUUGCUGUGACAGUGUUUCUGUGUUUGAUUUCAAUGCUUUAAAAUGUCAUUUUGCUACAAUAUUAUGGUAUUACGGACACUUGUAUUAUAUAUGCAUUUUUGAAAUUCUGUAAAGCUGUGCUUUGUCUAUCAAAGGCUGCUACUUCUGAACAUGAAAAAUGAUUGUGUGUGUGUGUGUGUGUGUGUGUGUGUGUGUGUGUGUGUGUGUGUGUGUGUGUGUGUGUGUGUGUGUGUGUGUGUGUGUGCGUGUAUGUCUGUCUAAUUGCAAAUGUUGCAUUUUAGGAGGUCAAGUUAUUUUACAGUGUGCAGUCCCUAAGGAUCUUAAGACAGCUUGUGUUUUUUGAUAUGCGAUUAAAGCUGUGGCUACCAAUUGGAUAAUAAAAAGUUAAGGUUAUAUGCUUUAA